AUGCCUUCUCAAGGGGAUCUUCAGACGACCUGGAACCUGAUCGAGGCCACCAAUGAUGCACGCCAGGACGUCAAGGCAUUCCGCACGCAUUGCGAUCAGAUCUCAAAGAAGGUCGACGAAUUGAACCGCACCAUAUUGCCCUUCAGAAAUGCAACGCCAGAAUUUGCAGCUGAAGAGGCUGCAAGGGACGCCAUCGAGCCUUUGAAUGCAGCCCUUGAAGAAUGUCUCGGCCUUCUACGGAAGUGUGCAACCAUUGGCGUCAUGGAAAAGAUGUUCGACAAGGGCGAGACCAAGGGUGCCCUUGAGGGAGCUUCUCACCGACUGAACAUAGCCUUCCAGCAAUUCUCCUCGUGGCUGACCAUUGCCAGGUCCGCGUCAGGUUCGAAGGCUGGUACCAGUGUGACAAAAGAACGGGUUGAAAAGGUUACCGAAUCUCCAGCUCAUGCGGAGACUGCGGGUCCAAUGCGGUCUGCUGCGCCGGUUGCAAGCGCCAGCCAGCCUGGUGAAAAGCGUCCGUCGUCAAGUCAGAUUUAUCCUGAUCUACUGUGA